AUGCCUUGUAUAUUAAAGGUCAAGAUAGUAGAGGGUCGUUACCUACCUAUUAUGGAUAGGAGCUCUGCAUUGGCCGACGCCUUUGUCGAGGUGCGUUGUGGCAAUCAGAACGAUCCUCAAAAGACAGACAUCAAACGAAAGACACUCAAUCCAAUGUGGAAUCAUGACUUUAGGUUCGAGUUCCCCAAUGAAGCCGACCUUCAAGAUAAACCAUUGGACAUAAGAGUAUGGGACUAUGACCUUGUUAGUAAGAAUGAUAUGAUUGGUACAGUACUCAUUGAUUUGAACUGUUUGUUCUCUGGUGAGAAUGGUCAGAUCAGUGGAUGGUUCCCAAUCUUUGAUACACUACGAGGAAUAAGAGGUGAACUCUUUGUAGUUGCAAAGCUUGAGAUGUUACAGAAUGCCAAUCCAUUCAAAGAUGCAUCAGCUGGUGUACAAUUCUUCUCAAGCUCAACACCAUUCUCCAACUAUCGAAUCAGUUGUAUACAUCAGUUUGUUGAAGAGUUGAUCGUAGAGAGUGAUCCAGAGUAUCAUUGGACAGACACAUUCAGAGCAUCAAGGCUGAGUAACUUCGAGAGACAAACAUUGCUAUACACAUUGUCAGGUAAACUUCGCCGACAGAUGGGAAAGAAGAUCUUGGACAUUGGAGGCAAUGCAGUACUUGGUUAUAAGCAACACUUUGAUCUCGAGGGAGACAGCGGCAUUGUGGCAAGAGGCUAUGGCACAGCUGUUACCUUGAGGAAGAUAACAGAGAUGGAUCUGGUCUCUCCGAUAUUGUCACCAAAGACACUGGUCAGCCAAUCGGACAACUUCAACGGGCCACCAACAUACUCAUUCUCAUCGUCGUCUGACUCGGAUGACUACUCCACGUCGUCGUCCUCCUCGUCAAGCAGGUCCUCUGACGAACGCAACUCAUCAGACAAUGACAAGCCCAGCAUUGACUUUAUCAGCGAUGUCCAACUGCUCACCCUGAAUGACUUCCAAUCACACCUAGUCGUAUACAUUGGUGGCAUUGUUGCUACCAAGUCAGUCAAGAUACUUAAGAAGUCCAACUCACAGGAGAAGAGGGAUGGCUUUUGGAACGAGAUAAGGAAUGAGAUAAAGACUCAUGCUAGGUCAUUGGGAUGUAACUAUAUCGUUGGCUACACUGAGACCACAACGAUUCAACAGAGCGAGGACCUUUGUAUAUUUAGUGCCACUGGCACUGCAGUCAUCUUGGACUUCUCAGUGAGUCCACAACAACACAGCGGACAUCCACAUCAUCACAACAACAACAAUAACAACAUGCUGAGGAAGAUGUCCAAGAUCGAGGACUCAAGCGAGGAUCUCAGCAGUAGCUAUAAGAAGCUGGCCAUCCAGCCAUCCUCUGUUGACAAGCAGGGUUUAUUGGCAGCUGGCUCCACAGGCGCACAGAAGAGAAAGCCAGUGACGAGGAGCGGCUCCAUGUCGGGUUCGAUCGAGGACACGCCAGAUUCCUUCACUGAUCCUCAUAUCAGGCGAUCAAAUAUUGCACAUAGCACUCAUGGCAAGCCUCGAAAGAACAUCAGCCGGACAGGCUGUUCAAUAUGUCACAUACCAUACUCACGAGAGGACUCGCCAUUCCCUGGCAGCGUCGUGGCGUGCGCAGUCUGCAAGAAGAAGUACGUCCCCGAGGUACUCAUGGCCACCAUUGAGGUGCCCCCAGGCAUGCCCAUCACUGGCAAGGGCUGUUUGGUCCAGGCAAGAGUAUGCCGUCUCAAGAAGAAGGUGCAGGGAGACUCAAACGCCACUCAGUUGAGCGAGUCAGUCCCAUUCAUUGAGUACGACCUGCACAAUCAGAUGAUGUACAGACUGAAGGUGCUGGGAAUGAACGCCGCAUUCGGCUUCAAGACACAAAUAACGUUCAGUGAUACACUGAUCAUUGGUGUGGCCACAGCCACGGCGGUGUUCCUGACACCACUGCCGGCGCCACCCAUCAUCCACAUCUCACGAAACAUCGAGCAGCAAGGCAGCGAGGAUGCCAAGAACCUCAAUGAGAUACAACACAGGAUCGAGGACUUUUGUAAGAUCAACCACGACCGUCUGCAAAAGGCGUCCAAGCAUCACCAACCAGACACAUUUGAGCGCUUCAGCACGCAUGCCCAAGCGAGACGCGGUCGCUCUCCGGCACCAUUCUCAAUGCACAACACAAGCGAAAGUGAGGCACAGUCACAUGGCGACGAAUCGUUGGACAGCUCACUAGAGGUGCACGAUAAGGUUGGCAAGAAGUCGUCUUCGGCCAACAAGAAGCAUCAUGGUGGUGGCAGACACAAGAAGAUCUCAAAGAGCACUGCUGCCGCCUACGAUACGUCCAGCGAGGACGAGGAUGAUGGCAACCCACGCGCCGUCAUCCGCAGGUCAAAGAAGGAGUUGGCUUCGUCACGAGCUGGUCGUGCCAACUCUGUGUACUCUGACUCAAAGUCAGACUCGGACCAUCACUCACUGUCAUCAUCAUACAACAACACGACAGAGGCUUCCGAUGGCGAUGAGAUGGACUCGUCCUCUGAUCAAGAUCAGUAUGAUAUGAGCGACGAAGAGAUUCCUCUCCCAAAGAAGAAGCAUCAACAUCAGCCACAACAGCAGCAGCAGCCGCACAAGAAGAAGCAACACAACAAAGGACAGAGGAAGAUAGCAGUGUCAAAGGCAAGCCACAGCAGUCUACGAAGAGGAGACAGGCAUCACAAGCAGUCGACCACAUCACCGUCCAGCUCCUCCGAUGAGGAGUCGGUGCUGUCAUACCCUCCCGAGAGGAUAAGCGAGUCGAGCAGUGCAUUCGUCGUGGAGGUGGACGACAAGAUCGACGAGGACAAGAUGAUCACGCUGCUAGACUUUUACUCGCCACCCGGCUUCUCAUUGUGCAACACCGAGCUGUUGCCAGGCCAGUCCAACAACUUCCAGAACGUCCGCUUGGUCACGGCAAUCAGACGUGUCGAGUGGGAUGUCGACUCAAACUACCUCAACAACCAGUUGUCCGUGCUGUUCAACGACCUGUACGACAGCGUGAUGUUCAAGCUACGCGAUAUGGCACCGUGUAUCUUGGCGGGCGUCAAUGUAGACAUCAAGAUACCCGAGGACGACCAACUCCAGAUGCUCUUCACCGCCAUGUGCAUCAUCGAGGGCUCUGACAACCAACCUAACCUGUCGCCAGAGAGUAUCAGCCACAGCAACAGCAGCACUUUGUUGCCUCCCCUGCCAUCCACACUUCCUCCACUGAUGAACCUUGCUGGUGGCAACACCAACAAGCUCGCCCAGCAGCAGAGCAUUCCGGCGCCACCAUCGUCAAUAUCUACGCCAUCCUCAUCGUCAUCCAAUGUCCCCAUUCGAUCGUCCAACGCAUCACCCUAUCUCUCCAACCCAAUACCGUUUGCCAAUGAGAUUGAGGUGCACCCUCCUCAUCAUCAUGGACUAGUGCACCCAGUCACCGACCUCCAGUUUGACAUGUCACCACCUCGAUCACCCAUCAAGAAGUCGCUGGAGGCGUCACACCCAUUCAACCUGGACCACAGAGCGGCACAUGAAUCCAGGAAUGUCGAGUUGACUCCACUGUCCUAUCUGCCCAAGAGCAGGAUGGACAGAUAUCUUGGACGUGUCAACAUUCAUCUGAUCAAGGAGAGCUUCUCAGUGCGAGAGAGUGGUGGACUAGGAGUGUUUAGCCAUGUGUUCUUGACCGAGGCCAAUGCCAUUGUUCGAGCACAUGUGGUAUCGAUUGGCGCCAAUGCUCUGGUUGGCUACCACAUUGACGAGUUCAACCUGAUACUUGACAGUGGCCCAAAGGGACAGGCCUACUCGUUGAUAAGUAUCAGUGGUGAUGCAUACUCCUCAUCU